CCAUCUGGACUAUAAAACACAACAAAUCAUAAACCAAAGUGAAAAGCGCUGCCCUCCCGAUGACUUCCUAUUUUGUAAACUCCACGUUCCCCGUGACUCUGCCGAGCGGACAGGAGUCUGUCCUGGGACAGAUACCGUUAUACUCCACCGGAUACACGGAUCCCUUAAGGCACUAUCCCGGCGUCGCCUAUGGAGCCACGGGCGUUCAAGACAAAGCUUACCCUGCAUCUUAUUACCAACAAACAAACGGCGUGUACCACCGGACAGCUCCGGCCAGCUCCUGUGACUAUGCAGCGCCCAGCUUCUACAGGGAGAAGGAUCCUGCGUGCGGCCACGCUGCUGCGGAGGAGACCCCUCUCCUCCUGUACCAGGACCCUCACAAGAGCUUCUGCGCCGCGCAAAAUAAGAAUCUCUUCCCCGAGGGUGUCGACGAGAAGCCCGCAGCUCCCAUCUACCCCUGGAUGCAAAGGAUGAACUCCUGCAACGGAAACUUUGCAAACCCUGGUCGCAGGGGUCGUCAGACGUACACUCGUUACCAGACCCUGGAGCUGGAGAAGGAGUUUCACUUUAGCAGGUAUUUAACGAGGCGGCGCAGAAUAGAAAUCGCGCACAUGCUGUGCCUGACCGAGCGCCAGAUAAAGAUCUGGUUCCAGAACCGCAGGAUGAAGUGGAAAAAAGAAAAUAAACUGAUCAACUCCUCACAAACGGCCAGAGAAGAUGAAGAAAAAUGA